AUGUUACACAUUUCAGUUACACCCCAAGAGAUAUUUAAUCUAUCGCCCUACCACUAUAUCCCGACAGAAUGGGUGUGCAUUACGUUCCUAGUCCUCUUCUCCCUCGCCACAGCCGCCUACUUUGCUACCGCUCUAUGGUAUCGCUUGUGGUGGCUGCUCCCAACCGCUGUUCUCGCGGGCACCGGAGAGAUCAUCGGCUGGUCAAGUCGUCUAUGGUCUAGCCUUAAUUUUCUCAACAACAAUGCCUUCGUAGCGCAAAUUUCUUGCACCAUUAUUGCACCUACUCCUUUCCUCGCGGCAAUAUUUAUUCUGUUCUCGGCCUUGUCGAGCAGGUUGGGACCUAAUUAUGGUCGACUCACGCCCCGCUGGUACUCGUGGAUUUUCCUGACCUGCGACAUUAUUGCUCUGGCAAUUCAAGGAACUGGUGGAGGCAUCGCCUCCUCAUCCAACGUCAACUCGACGGAGAUCCUUGGGAGUCAUAUCAUGCUAGCCGGCAUCAUCUUUCAGCUCAUUGCGUUGUCUAUCUUCAUGUGUCUAGCCGCCGAAUACUUCUACCGCUUCCUCACCGACCGCCCGUAUCGCAGCGUGCCGAAUAACGACAGCGUUGCGACCCUCUAUAGCAGGCGUCAGUGGACCACGAAGCUCAAACUCUUUUCUGCGGCCAUGGGCUUCAGCACUCUUACGCUCUUUAUCCGAGCCAUCUACCGUGUGAUCGAGCUCGCCGACGGAUGGAACGGCAGGGUUAUUGCUACUCAGGUAUAUUUCAACGUGCUGGACGGGGCGAUGGUCGUCCUUGCGAUGUACUCACUCGCGGUAUUCAACCCUGGCUACUUUCUCUACAGCGCGCAGCCGGCGGGGGACGAGACCGACGAGACCGACAAGGAGGCCGACAAAUCCCCCACUAUUCCUGUCUACUAAAUGUCGGCUGCAAGGCCCUCUUUUCUCACUCAAGCUUGACCGUAGAUAUAGACAUGGACUGUACGAUGCGGACUCUUGAGUAUGUAUGCCGUCUAUGGUCGCAAUACACAUUCGGGCCUCCUUUUGGGGCUGCAUUCAA